CUUAACAUUUUAUUUUAAAGAUUUAUUUAUUAUAUGUAAGUACACUGUAGCUAUCUUGAAACACACCAGAAGAGGGCAUCAGAUCUCAUUACAGAUGGUUGUGAGCCACCAUGUGGUUGCUGGGAUUUGAACUCAGGACCUCUGGAAGAGCAGUCAGUGCUCUUAAACACUGGGCCAUCUUUCCAGCCCCGGCUUAAAAUUUUUAAACCUUAACGUUAUCUCCUGUGGCAUGCCUCCUCCAACAAGGCCACACCUCCUAGUCCUUCCCAAUAAGUUCUACUCUCUGGGGACCAAGCAUUCAAAACUAUGAGCCUAUAGGGGCUAUUCUCUUUCAAAUUACCGUGCUUUCCUUACUAUCCAUAUAGAAUAGCUGUUUAUUGAGCAUUUGCUGAUUGCCAAGCACACGUCACCAUGGACUCUGCAUAACUUCUUCCUAAAUCUUUUAAUAGCUAUGCGAGGACAGGUGGGGUGGAGCCUAAGCUUUCAAAGGUUAAUAACCUUUUAGAGAAGCAUGGUAGUAUGUACCUAUAAGCUCAGCAUAUAGAAUGCAGAGGCAGGAGGAUCACAAGUUUGAACUCAACCUGAUCUAUAAAGAAAACCCCAGACUAACCUGGGCCACAGAAUUAAGAUCGUGUUUCAAAGGCAAAAACAAAACAACCAAGGAAUGAGCAGAAAGGGGUGAGAACUAGGAUCACAGAGAGGAGGAGGCACUGCAGAAUUGACCCGUGUUUGCUAGUUUGUUCUCCCUACCACUCUUCAGUGAAGAAAAGUCAACUCUUUAGUUGGAUUUCAUAAGAGCGAGCUUAUGCAGAAUUCUCUAGAGAACGGACUAAUGUUCUGAUAAGAAAUCUUAUCAGAAGCCAGGGUUAACUGUUCUACUGGGCUUGGCCCUAUACCUUUUUUCUCUUUUAUAGAUAGGGCCUCACUCUGUUGCUCUAGAUGUGUGGACCGUGUUGGCCUCGAAUUCACAAAGAUAUGCCUGCCUCUGCCUCUCAAGGGCUGGAAUUAAGGAUGUGGGCUGCCAUGGUCAUAGCAGGCCAGUCCUUAAGUUUCUGAAAUACAAUCAGUGUGUAGUUCAGACUGACAUUCUGCUUGCAAUUCUUCUGAUGCAGCCUACUAGGUACUGGCAUUGCAGGGGCUUUAGUUGUUUUUGGCAUAUGAUGACAUCAUUAUAAUUAUUUAGUUCCAGUAAGCCCUGACAUCAAAACUGUUGGGAGUCUCUCCUCUAGCAUUAAUGUCUUGGAAUCAGAGAGGUCCUCGAAUUUCCUAAAAUCUCCCAAACUUAAGCACACAUAACGUGGAGUUUAUGCUUCAAAAUUCUCUUCAUACUAGUAUUCAAUUAUGUAAAAAGUAUAACCCAGUGGUGAUAUAACUGACAGGUACUAGCUGUGCAAGGGUGACUACCUGAGUUCAUUCCUGGAACCCUGGAGAGCACUCACUCAAGUUGUCCGAUUUCCACAAAUAUCACAAUGACAGGAGCACCUGCGCCCACCCACAUGGCCCCACAACAAUGUUUAAUGGGAAAGUGUUACAUUUUAGGCAAUGUCAAUAUGACUGGGAAAGAUUCAGAUAGUUAUGGUCUCCAAGCAGCUAGUGGUAUACACACGUGUUGUCGACCUACUAACUGCAAGUCUAAGUGGCUGGCAUCAGGAGAGUUCCAUGUGUACAGUCUAUUUAAGCUCAGCAUUUGUAACUGACCACAUGAGCCAUCUGUAACUGCUUGUGAAUCAUGUUACAGUUACCCCACUGCCAUUUACCAACAUUUGUCAUGUGGCAGAAUGUUUGGUGUAGGAAAGCUGACACAUAAUAGCUUUGAUGUUUCAAUAAGUCAACUUUAGACACUAGGCUGUAGGUGUGUCCCAUUGGUACGGAGUCUCCGCAAAAAAACAUGGCUGAUGACUUCAUUAUAAAAACCUUUCAUCCCAAGUUUCCUGUGUGUAGGUAGAAUUAUUUGUUAUCUCCAAGGUAACUUGGCCCCACUGUUGUUAUGAGACAGGAUGAGGGGAUAAGGGGUCAAAAGAGGUGAGGACAGAAGUGGAAGAAGGUGAAAAACAACCGGGGGGGUGGGGUAGGUGACACUUUAUCAGGGAAGUGGUUCACCAAGUAGAGGCUGAGCUGAGCUCUUCUUACUGGACGCCAUCGAGCCACCUGUCAGAAAGGAGGAGUCUGAAGGAAACUGAGAUCUGGAAACUGAGAUCUGCAAAUACGAAAGAACAGGCCAAAAACUGUGAGGCCCCAGUUGUCCGCGAGGGGCCAGGCUAGACCUAGAGGGAAGCUCACGUGGUCUCCGGAGCACCGCGGGGGAGGGGGGCGGCUGCAGCGGGGAGGACACCAGCGCGCGCUCCUCCCCAGCCUUUCAGCUCCUCCCUCCGGGCACGUGACGCCACCGUCCACUCUCGGUGGCACAGCGCUCUGUUGCUGCCCUCCCGCCGCGGCGCCCUUCUUCUCCCGGUCCCGUCCCGCCGCCUCCCCCACUCUUCCCACACGCGCCAAUCACCGCUCGAGCUCGCGAGCGCCCGCCCCACCACUCUACUUCUCGCUCUCCCAUUGGCUAGAACCUCAAGGACGUGUCCCGAGGGCGGGCGGCAACCAUUGGUGGGCCGAACCAGCCGAGUUCCCGGAUGAGGGAACAUUCUGCAGUAUAAAGGGCGCGAGGAAGGCGGGAGAAGGCGCAGUUUGAAUCGCGGUACGCCGGAGGAGUGGGCGCCGGGAUCUCGCUGAGCGUCCCCCUGGCCUCGUCUCUUCCUCGCUUGUCCGAGCUUCAGCACAGUCCGAGAUGGCUGGCGGUAAGGCUGGAAAGGACUCCGGAAAGGCCAAGACAAAGGCGGUUUCCCGCUCCCAGCGAGCGGGCUUGCAGUUCCCUGUGGGCCGUAUUCAUCGACACCUGAAAUCUAGGACAACAAGCCACGGACGUGUGGGCGCGACCGCAGCUGUGUACAGCGCAGCCAUCCUGGAGUACCUCACCGCAGAGGUACUUGAGUUGGCAGGAAAUGCAUCAAAAGACUUGAAGGUAAAGCGUAUUACCCCUCGUCACUUGCAACUUGCUAUCCGCGGAGAUGAAGAGUUGGACUCUCUGAUCAAGGCUACGAUUGCUGGUGGUGGUAUGUCAUCCCUAAACUCACUACAUUCUAUUUUGCAAGAAAAUUCAUAUUUCCCUUGCUUCCAGGAGAGAAUAUUUUGGGACAGGGCGGUUUUACGAAAUGUGAUUUACACUUAGAUUUUCAUUUUCCUUUACAUCCCUCGGGUUUUCACUUGUUUUAUGUUUUCAGAAGACUGACUUUGAAUUAUAGAGUUACCUGCUUUUAUUUCAUGGACUGUUUAUACGAAUGUUUAUACAAAAGGUAGAACUAAUCCUUGUCCUUCUCCUAGGUGUCAUCCCACACAUCCACAAAUCACUGAUUGGGAAGAAAGGACAACAGAAGACUGUCUAAGGAUGCCUGGAUUCCUUACUAUCUCAGGACUCUAAAUACUCUUAACAGCUGUCCAGUGUUGGUGAUUCCAGUGGACUGUAUCUCUGUGAAAAACACAAUUUUGCCUUUUUGUAAUUCUAUUUGAGCAAGUUGGAGGCUUAAUUAGCCUUCCAACCAACCAAAUUUCUGCAUUCGAGUCUUAACCAUAUUUAAGUGUUACUGUGGCUUCAAAGAAGCUAUUGAAUCUGAAGUGGUGGGUUUUGAUUGAGUUGACUGUUUUUAAAAAACUGUUUGGAUUUUAAUUGUGAUGCAGAAGUUAUAGUAACAAACAUUUGGUUUUGUACAGACAUUAUUUCCACUCUGGUGGAUAAGCUCAAUAAAGGUCAGAUCCCAAACUA